GUUUAUUUUUGUUUUUAUCCGGUUUUUGACAUUUUAAAUGUAAACAUUGAAAUUUCACAUGUUAUUUCACAUAAACGUUUGCUUAAGUUUUGUAUUAAGUUAAAUAAUUAAAGUAAUAACACUUUGAAAAGUUAAAACCCAAUAAAAUGACGAAGGAUUACAGUUCACGUAAAUUAGAACGUAAGCAGCGGCGCUGUGAGGCAAUAAUUCGCAAUGAUUUUGGAAUUGAAAGUAGUGAGACACCUACACGCUAUCUUGCUAUCUUGAAUGCCGGUCUUUCUACAGGCCUUACAGAGGAGUGCGUUUUAUCCAAUGCAAUUCAAUACGCACCAGUGCAACAAGUGAUAAUGUUGCCGAACAAAUCUUACUGCUUUUUGGAAUGUGACGCUGUGACUAAUGCGGAGCAUAUUUUUAAUAACAUGCACGGUCGUGCGGGGUUGGAACAACGUGGUGGUGUGAUUUAUUUGUCGUACUUCAAAAGUUUGCCUGAAUGCAAAGAAGAAAAUGUUUGGAAGAAACCGCUUCCUGAAGGGCUAGUGCUAUUGCCGGAUUUUUUGACCGAAGCUGAGGAAAAUGUGUUGUUAAAAGCAAUUAAUAUAGAAGAUGUCGAACAAAGUGAUUUAAAGCAUAGACGUGUGAAACAUUUCGGUUACGAAUUCAUAUAUGGCGAAAAUAAUGUUAAUCCAUCAAGACCGUUGAACGAAAAAAUACCAAACGAAUGUGAUAUACUCUGGCCGCGGUUAAAAACUGCAAUGACGAAGCUGGGCCUACCAGCAUGGAAUUGGGAGGUGCCGGAUCAAUUGACCGUUAACGUCUAUGAGCCUGGUCAGGGUAUACCCCCACAUGUAGAUACGCAUAGUGCCUUUCUCGAUCCCAUUCUUUCAUUAUCACUAUGUGGUGAAGUAGUUAUGGAUUUCCGUCGCUGCUCUGAUCGUCAACCACUGAUAUUGUUACGUCGCUCAUUGCUGGUAAUGUCGGGAGCAUCGCGUUAUGACUGGACGCAUGGCAUUACACCACGAACACUUGAUGUAGUGCCAUCGGAAACUGGUUUGACUGUAAUGCAGCGUCAAAAGCGCAUUUCAUUAACUUUUCGUCGUUUGCGACGGGGUCCGUGCGACUGUAACUUUCCGACACUAUGCGAUUCGCGCAUAAAUGCACAGAGCAAUUUAGGUCCUGUCAUAACCGAUUUAAUAGCUGCACAGCUGGAGGAGAAAAACGUACACAGCGUUUAUGACUGCAUCGCGCCUCACUUCAGUGAGACCCGUCAUACGCCUUGGCCGCAAGUUGCUGAAUUUCUACGUAGUUUUCAAACCGGAUCAGUGUUACUCGAUAUAGGUUGUGGCAAUGGAAAAUAUCUUCAAUGUAAUAAUGAUGCUUUAACAAUUGGUUGCGACAGAAGUAGUGGACUUAUUAGCGCAUGUUUGGAGCGUGCAAAAGCUAUUAACGAUAACAGCUCCUAUUUGCCACAUGCCUUUAGAUGUGAUUGCUUAAAUGUACCUGUGCGCAGUCAAUCCGUCGACGGUUGCAUCAGCAUAGCGGUUAUUCAUCAUUUAGCAACCGCAGAACGACGUUUGGCUUCGAUACGUGAAAUGGCAAGGCUGCUGCGCCGUGGUGGACGUGCCCUCAUCUAUGUUUGGGCGAAGGAUCAACGCGCUAAUAACAAUAAGAAAUCGGCAUACUUACUGCAAAACAAAGCCUUAAACAAAAACAAGACAACGGUUGAGCAACAGCGUCAAUGUGCCGCAGAGGAGGUGCAACGGCAGCAACAGCCGGAACAGUUUCAUGAUUCAUUACCUGGUGCGCCGCAACUGCCUGUACACACCAAUCGCACUGACUUCAUGCAGCAGGAUGUGUUGGUGCCGUGGAAAUUGAAAGGUGUUUCAGCUGUGCCGAAAGAGUCCCCAAGUACCUACUUGCGUUACUACCAUGUAUUUGAGUCUGGCGAGUUGGAGGCAAUGUUGGCGCAAGUGUCAGAGGUGAAACUAGUGCAAAGCUACUAUGAUCAAGGCAAUCAUUGUGUGAUUUUCGAGCGUUGUUAAAAAUGAAAUGAAAUAAAACAUGUUGAAUCUGAAGUUUAA